ACAGCAACGCCCACGAGACACCAUGUCAAGGCCGACCGUUACCGUCAUCUCCGCCAAGGGCGAGUCCACCAAGGACACCCUCACCGUGCCCAAUGUAAUUCAAGGUCAGUUUAUCCGCCCGGAUAUCGUCCACGCGGUCCACACUGGCAUGAACAAGAACCGCCGCCAGCCUUACGCCGUCUCCGAGAAGGCUGGUCACCAGACCUCUGCUGAGUCCUGGGGUACUGGUCGUGCCGUCGCCCGUAUUCCCCGUGUCUCUGGUGGAGGAACACACCGUGCCGGUCAGGCUGCGUUCGGUAACAUGUGCCGCUCUGGUCGCAUGUUCGCUCCCACCAAGGUCUGGCGCAAGUGGCACCAGAAGAUCAACCUGAACCAGAAGCGCUUUGCUACCGCAUCCGCGCUCGCUGCUUCAGGUAGCCCCGCCCUCCUCAUGGCCCGCGGCCACAACGUCAGCACCGUCCCCGAGGUCCCCCUCGUCAUCUCCUCCACCGCUUUUGCCGAUGCCGCCAUCCGCAAGACCUCUGCUGCCGUUGCUCUGCUCAAGGCUGUCGGUGCUGGUGCCGACUGCGAGAAGGCCAAGAACUCUCGCAAGCUCCGCGCUGGUAAGGGUAAGCUGAGGGGUCGCCGCCACAAGCAGCGCCGUGGUCCUCUUGUCAUCUACAACCCCGAUGAGGAUGGCAAGGAGCUCGUCAAGGCUUUCCGCAACAUCCCCGGUGUUGAGACUUCAUCCGUCUACUCGAUGAACCUCCUCCAGCUCGCCCCCGGUGGUCACCUCGGCCGCUUCAUCGUCUGGACCUCGUCCGCUUUCGGUGCCCUUGACACCAUCUACGGCUCCACCACCGAGCCCUCAGCGCUCAAGAAGGACUUCCUCCUGCCAUCCACCAUGAUGAAGCAGCCCGACCUCAGCAAGAUCAUCAACUCAAGCGACAUCCAGAAGGUCCUCCGCCCCGUCCGUGGCGGUGCCGUCUCCAAGCGUGGUGUUGUACAGAAGAAGAACCCUCUCAAGAACUUCCAGGUACAGCUCCGCCUCAACCCCUACGCCGCUACCUUCUCGAAAGAGAAGCUCGGCUCCAAGAAGCUCGAGAAGGGCAAGCCCGACAACGCUGGCGAGUCCUUCGCUGCGCUGCUUGACGAGAACUAGAUGGUAUUUGGCAGGCGAAUGGGUUUCCUUGGGCUUUAGUACAGAUGAUUCCAUGGUGCAACGUGGGGUGGCUAUUAUGAAGUAGCUGUCUCAAAUCAAAACGACCUCUUACGAAGAUUUCCAUGUCUUCAUUCCAACUAC